UGGUCUCACGCUUUUUCAGUCUACUCCUGCCAGUGUCUCCAACACUGACCAUUCACUGACAGCUCUCAUAAAAGUGAAAAUUGAAAAUUGAGAUUCACAUACAGGACUUUUUUUUAAUCCAAGGACUGUUGUGGGGAAACUGGGAACACGUGCCUGAAACUCAGCUUGGAAUAUUUUCCAUUUACCGGAGCCUGUUAAUUGGAUGCCAUCAGAGCUGGUGUCACUUCUUUGCUGUGUAGUGUGUACUCGAGAGCGGGUUUGAAUUUGGGAGUGUGUGCGUGUGUGUGUGCGCGCAAGCGUUUAUAGCCCUGAACUACAGUUGUGGAUUCCAGUCGUGAAUCCAGGUUUAUUCCUUGUUAGCUCGGUCUUGUCUUUGAACAUGGCAUCCAUAAGAAGUCUGAUUCUUGUGUUGUUGAUGGCGCUGCUAUGCUCCUUCCACACCCCAUUGGCUCCUGCAGCCAAGGCGCAGGAUCUGCCGUUCCACUCUGAGCAAGGUCUGGUGGCUGAUGAUGAUGAUGACGAUGAUGAACAUGAUGGCGAUGAUGAUGAUGACGACGAUGAUGAUGAUGAUGACGACGACGAUGAUGAUGACAAUGAUGAUGACGAUGAUGAUGAUGAUGAUGACGACGAUGAUGAUGAUGAUGAUGAUGAUGAUGAUGAUGAUGAUGAUGACGAUGACGAUGAUGACGGUGAUGACGACGAGGAUGACGAUGAUGAUGACGAUGAUGACGACGAUGAUGAUGAUGAUGAUGAUGAUGAUGAUGACGACGACGAUGACGACGAUGAUGAUGAUGAUGAUGAUGAUGACGAUCAUGAAGAUGAUGAUGAUGAUGACGACGAUGUCAAAGAUGAUGACGACGAUGACGAGCACAAAGAUGAUGAUGAUGAUGACGACGAUGAUGAUAACAAACACGAAGAUAACGGAAAAUAUCACAAGGGCUCUGUUUGUGCAUACUGUGAAUUCUGUGAGCACUGUGACAGCUGUGACAAAUGUCCUUGUGAAGAAGGAGACAAGUCGGAACACUGUGAUGACUGCAAGAUGUGCAGUUUCUGCCACGUGUGUCCUGCUUGUCAAACUCUAUGCCAACCCGGGGGAUUCCUUGACAAAGUGACUGGGUCAAUCUACAAGACUGUUGCUGAUGUCUUUGAGGAGGAUGACGACAACAACUGA